CCCUGAGCCUCCUUUUCUCCAGGCUAGACAACCCCAGCUCCCUCAUCUGCUCCUCACCAGUCUUUUCUCCAGACCCUUCACAGGCUCUGUUACACUUCUCUGGACAUGCACCAGCUCCUCAAUGUCUUUCUUGUAGAGAGGGGCCUAAAACAAGACAUAGGAUUUGAGAUGUGGCCUUACCCAUGCCCAGGACAGAGAGACAAAUACUACCAUAGUUUUGCUGGCCACACUAUUGGUGAUCCAAGUCAGGAAGUCACGGACUGUCUUGGUCACCUGGGCACACUGCUAGACCACAUCCAGCCAUAGGUGGACCAGCUACCCCAGGUCCUUUUCCACCAGGCAGCUUUUCACCUACUGUUUCCCCUUCUCAUAGCAUUGCCUGAGGUUGCUGCAGCCCAAGUGCAGGAUCUGGGAUCUGGCACUUUACAUUGUUGAACUUCCUACAAGCGGCCUCAGCCUACUGAUGCAGCCUGUCCAGAUAUCUCUGAUUUUUUUUUUAAAUCAUAGAAAAUUUGAACGCUAACACCUCUGCAGAGCCUUCCUGCCCUUCAGCAGAUCAACACUUCAUCCAACUUGGUGUUAUCUUACUGGGGUGAACUUUCUGAGAUGGGUGCUAUAUUGGCCAACCUCCAGACCACCGGAACCUCCCCAGUUAGCCAGGGCUGCUGAUGAACUGUUCAUGGGAAACCUGCAGGGCCACUGGACAUGUAGGUCUUCAGUCUUUGCCCAGAUGUGCUUCAAACCUUGCAGAAACUGCCUGACAACUACUGCUGGAAUAGGAGGAAGAGCCAAACCCAGAAAUUUUGUGCCCUACUGCAGACUGGACCGUGGGAUUGGAGAGGUGACUAGUGGGAGAGCAGGAGCAUCACACUCUUGUUAUGAAGCUCACAGCUGCUGGAGAUCAGCACAACCUCCUUCCAUCCUAGUUGGAGAAGAUGCAGAAUUUGGUUCUCGCAAAGUAAUUCAGUCUCAACAAGAUUGUUUAUUCCCACCUGAAGCCAGAAUCUCAGAUUGUGAUAUCAAUCAUAGCACAACAAUGAAAAGUGAGGUCACAAAGGAAGGAUUAUUAUUUCAGCAGGGAGAAGAAAGAAGAAGUCUUGAAAUGCUAGGAGGAAGAGGGGAGUGUGACCUUAUCAAGAAAGAAUGCAUCUUAAUGAAAAAUAGCAGUCUCCCUCAUACAUCCAUGAUGUUUCAUUUUCUGGAGUCUUGCUCCCCAGAUUUUGUUUUCAGAUUUGAACUGGAAGGAAAACAAAGAAGCAAAAUACUUCAUGAAAUAUGGAGAAGCUGGACUGCCAGAGAAACAUAUAGUUGACUUAUUUCUUGAUAAUUUAAUUUUAAAAAUAAAUAUAUUUUACUUUCUCUUGUGGACAGAUAUACCAAGCCUGAGAAAAGUGGUGGCUCUAGCUGUAUAAGAAAUUUCAGGUGAAAUUAUUCCUGGUAGAUGCUACGUCUUUUGUGCAACUAAUGUUUUCCAGUUGGAAACAGGUUUUCCCUUGGAAGAUUUUACAAUAUUUGCACUCCCAGUUUUUACUGGGAGGCAAUUUCCAUUAUUUGGAAAGUGCUAACUUUGGUUUUGUGAAAAGCACACAAAAUUAGAGAAGUCAACCUACCUUGAAACUAAAGUUUCAAAGACAAUUAAGACAGUAGCUACUGAAACUACUUCUUCACCUGCUGCAUGCAUGUUAUAUUUGUGUCUCUACAUUAACAAAGACUAACUGAUUUUUUCAAGAGCACCUAAUGACACUUACUUAUAGCCCUAUAUAUUUUUUUUAAUCUCAGAAAUUUAUUAUAUUGAUUUUGAAUUAGAAUUCUUUUCAAAACUCAUUAAAUUCAGUUUUAAAGUGCUCUCAGUUGCUGCAAUUUAAUAAUUAAAUAACCCUGCCUUCAGUUGCUGUGUUGUCAACUAUAUCCUGUUCACUUCUAGAAACACAUUAUUUCCAUUUAUUUUAAUGGAAGUUUUGAAUGAAGGAAAACCAAAGCAUGUUCAAAGACACAUGAAAUUUCAACUUAAAUCUAGAUAUAUUUUUAAGCUUUUCCCAGGUAUCUGAGAUGACACCAACCAUCACAUUUACCUCUCCAUUGAGACUUUCAAUGCAAAUCCAUACCUUAUUCUUUUCCAAUCCAGUCAGAAAGAGCUUACAUCUAAAAAAAUAAUUAAGAAAUCUCCUUCUUACUUGAGUAAGAAGUUUUGAGUUUCUUUUCCUCAUUAAAAAUAUUUAUUAAUAUAUGAAAGUCAAAGUUUUUAUUAAUUUAAAACCACAUGUAUUAUUUUCUGCAGUUUACAUAUUGUCAAACCAGUGGUGUUUACUCUGUAGUACUUCUGCCUUAAUGAAGUUCAGUUUUCAGAAAGAAAAAGAAAUAUGAAGGAAAAACUGGAUGCUCACCUCUCAGAUAAAAUCAAAAUAACAAAGUAACCAUAAUACUACUUAGACAAAGAUGACAUUCAUUCAGGAAUGGUAGUGCUUGGUGGAUAAAAAAUUUAGGCAGAAAGCCACUUGAAAGUAGGUGCCUCAGAAAAAAGCAUAACCAUCAAAAAUGUGGUAUGUAUAUUCAUAGUGAUUCAUAGACUUAGAGAAGAAUCUUGCAGCUUUCUAGGAAUACAGUAUUAACAGUGGGAUGCUAUUGCUUUGAUACUGAUGGAUAUGGCAUUUUAUUGGAACCUUUUUUUUAGUAAAAUUGAUCUUCAUUCUAAUUUCUGUACAGUACUGCAGACAAACCACGACAAGUUCUUUAAUAAGAACUAACAUUCAGAAAAAUAGAAUGCAUUAUAAAGCGCAUGAAAUUAUUUCUAAGUGUUGCGCAAUAAUGUCUUAUCUAACAGCUAGAAAAUUCUUUAUAAUUCUACAGAGACUAGCACAACUAAAACAUUGCUUAUUUUAGAAUUAUCAACCUUUCUGAAGUAUAACUAUUUCUGAAGAACAACUAUUCAGGUAAUUGUCUAUCCACAUUUUAUCUUUUCAGUAGAUAAAGAAAAGUCUCUAGUCCAUAAGAAUUUCCUUUUUAUCCAUAGUAUAUAGGAUUAAAUUGAAAUUUGUUGUGUCUUCUCUUUGCAUAUAAAUGAAAAUACACUGUGAUGACAGCCUACAACAAAGAGUCUUAGCCAAAGUAUCUUUAAAAAAAAUAUGAGAAAUAUUCUUUAUUUUUUUCCUAACUGCAGAAGUCUUGGUUCUUCUGACAAUGAAUAAAGUAGUCUCCUCUUGUUAUUAUAAAUCAAAAUAAGUACCUCAAGGAAUAGUUUUUCUUUCCUUAGCUUUGCUUGACAACAACCAUAUCACCAAGAUUUCCUGUGCUAAGGCAUUAAACCGUACACAGACCAAGGUUUUACAUAGUGAUGUUUCAAAUAUUAAAAAAAUCACAUUAUUUAGGUAAUUAAAAUAUUAAGAUAACUAGUGUUUUAAAUGUCAUGGGAUAAAAUGUUAAAUCAGAAUCACACUCAGACACAAAUAGACAUUUAACUAAUACUUCAUAUCUUGACUAGCUGUGAAAGAUGACCAAGCGAGCACUUUGUCUAAGAGUGUUUCCAGGAAUAUGUGAAGAUUUUGGAACUUUCAACAAAACAAAUCAAAUGAGAUACAUCCCAAAAUUCAGUGGUCAUUAGUUCCAGGAACACUGGUAUUAUUCAGUCUUAUUAACAUUUUUUGUGACAAUGAAAAAAUACCAAAAAUGGUGUCAUCAAUAGUUUACAGUGGUACUUCUACCUUAUCAGGACUACUCACUGCUGUUUUGUAUUCACUGCUCUUUGAAAAUUAACUCUGAGUUUUAGAUAUGAAACUAAGGAAAACAGAGUUUCAAAAUCACCAGAAAAUAUGCAAGGGAAGCAUUAGAUUUUAUACUGCUGUAGACAGUGUUGUGGCUUACAGUUUCAAUAAUGAAGCUGGGAAAAAUUAAAGAGUGCAAUGCUAUAUACAGCUGAUAUGAUGUAUUAAUAAAGAAAACAGGGAAUAAUUCUGCUGGAGGGUAUAAUAUUUCACAGACUAUGACAUGGAAAGUAUGUCUUGCUCACCAUUUGAGAAUAGAAGUACAGUUGCAACUUAGCACAUAUUACAUUUCAAAGUCUUUUAAAAUGGGUUGAGGUGAAAAUCAAAGAUUUAUCCGUAAUUUGAAGUGUGGAAAGGGACGAAAAUUGAAAGGUUGUUGAUAAUGCAGAGAACUAUCAACUGCUGGGAACUCACUAAUUGCUAUAAUUUGAAAAGAGCUUGUUUCCAUUUCUUCAAAUAUCAGGUUAUUUGCUACCUUGAGAAAUUUUCAAAUGGAAUACAUUUCAAAAGAUUAGAAAAAAUUCAAGCAUGACUUAAAGUCGCACUCACGCCAAAUGCAGCUUUGAAUGGUGAAUUUAAACCACAAAAGUUUCACAUUAGAGUUGAAAUACUAUUCUUCUUUGUUUCUAAUGUGGGCUGUCUAUUUAACACAAUGUAAGUUAAAUGGCCAAACUCCAUGAAGUUGUCAUUACCAGCUGUGACAUCACUUAUAUUUCCUACUAACAUAUUAAAAUGUACUGCCAUUUUGAAACAUGCAAUCAAGUUCUAGCCAGAUGGAGAAGCUGCUUUAAAAGUAGAUAAAUUUGCCUAUUUAUGCUUUUGAAACAACCAUGUUAAAUAUUCUGAAAGAUAGAAGCUGAUGUUCUCUGUGGCACUUAUCAAUCAAUUUGCCUGGCAUAAUAUUUUGAAACAGCACUUCUGGCCCAUCUCAUACAAAUAGCAGUAAAUAAUAAGUUUUAAGUUUGCAGCCUGCACUAAUGUGCUAAUCAAACAUUGUGGUUUGGGAUAUUGUAAAAACUGCAUAAAAUUAAUUUGGUUGCAUGUGUUGAGUACAGUGUAGUAAUCAUCUCAAAUAAUCCUAGGGAAAAAAAAAAAUCUGAAGAGUGCCAGAUGAAAAACAUGCAGACCAUUCCAGAAGGUGAAAUUAUGCAACGGUUGAAAGAUUUCCUGAAACUUGGAAAAAAAAACACACCAAAACUUAAUAGAAAUAAACCAUUGUGCAUGAAUAA